UCGGGAGGAGCUGCAGCGGGUGGUUCUCUGGGUCCCUGGCUUCUUUCGGGACCUGGGUGCAUCCUGACCCCAGGACUUAGAGGGCGCGGGGUCCGAUACGUGCCGUCUGGGCUGCUGGCACGGGGAUGGGGGACGAUCGGCCCCAUUACUACGGGAAGCACGGAACGCCUCAGAAAUAUGACCCUACCUUCAAAGGACCCAUUUACAACAGGGGUUGCACUGAUGUCAUUUGCUGUGUGGUGCUCUUCCUGGCCAUUGUGGGCUAUGUGGCGGUGGGCAUCCUGGCCUGGACCCACGGGGACCCCCGGAAGAUGAUCUACCCCACUGAUAGCCAGGGCGAGUUCUGCGGGCAGAAGGGAAUGAAAAACUCGAACAAACCCUUCCUGUUCUAUUUCAACAUUGUGAAGUGUGCGAGUCCUCUGGUCCUGCUGGAAUUCCAGUGCCCCACCCCUCAGAUCUGUGUGGAUGAAUGCCCAGAUCGCUACCUCACCUUUCUGAAAGCACGGAACUCUCGAGACCUUCACUACUAUAAGAAGUUCUGUGUUCCCGGCUUCCAGAACAACAAAGGGGUGGCAGAGGUGCUGCGAGAUGGUGACUGUCCAGCCGUCAUCACUCCUAGCAAACCCUUGGCCCAGCGAUGCUUUCCAGCCAUCCACGCGCACAAAGGGGUCCUCAUGGUGGGCAAUGAGACAACCUAUGAGGAUGGGCUUGGCACGAAGAAAAAUAUCACUGAGCUGGUGGAAGGCGCCAAGAAGGCCAACAGGGUUCUAGAAGCCCGACAGCUGGCCAUGCGGAUAUUUGAAGAUUACACUGUGUCUUGGUACUGGAUCAUCAUAGGUCUGGUUAUCGCCAUGGUGUUGAGCCUGCUGUUCAUCAUCCUCCUGCGAUUCCUGGCUGGCAUCAUGGUCUGGGUGAUGAUUGUCAUGGUGAUCCUUGUACUUGGCUAUGGGAUAUUCCACUGCUACAUGGAGUAUGCCCGGCUUCGUGGGGAGGCUGGAUCUGACAUCUCCCUGGUGGACCUCGGCUUCCAGACAGACCUCCGAGUAUACCUCCACUUACGGCAGACCUGGAUGGCCUUCAUGAUCAUCUUAAGUAUCCUGGAAGUGAUAAUUAUCCUGUUACUCAUCUUUCUCCGGAAGAGGAUAUUGAUCGCCAUUGCGCUCAUUAAAGAAGCUAGCAGGGCUGUGGGCUGCGUCAUGUGCUCCAUGCUGUACCCGCUGGUCACCUUCUUCCUCUUGUGCCUUUGCAUAGCCUACUGGGCCAGUACUGCUAUCUUCUUAUCUACGUCUAAUGAAGCUGUGUAUAAGAUUUUUGAUGACGGCGCCUGCCCACUUGUUGGAAAGACAUGCAACCCAGAGACCUUCCCCUCUGCCAAUGAGAGCCGCCAGUGUCCCAACAGUCGCUGCCAGUUUGCUUUCUACGGAGGUGAGUCUGGGUACCACCGAGUGCUGCUGGGCCUACAGAUCUUCAACGCUUUCAUGUUCUUCUGGCUGGCCAACUUCGUGCUGGCACUGGGCCAGGUCACAUUGGCUGGAGCCUUUGCCUCCUAUUACUGGGCCAUGCACAAGCCAGAUGACAUGCCUGCCUUCCCACUCUUCUCUGCUUUUGGUCGAGCGCUCAGGUACCACACAGGCUCCUUGGCCUUUGGCUCCCUCAUCCUGGCCAUCGUGCAGAUCAUCAGAGUGAUGUUGGAGUACCUUGACCAGCGCCUCAAAGCUGCAGAGAACAAGUUUGCCAAGUUCCUCAUGACCUGUCUUAAGUGCUGCUUCUGGUGUCUGGAGAAGUUUAUCAAGUUCCUCAACAGGAAUGCCUACAUCAUGAUCGCCAUCUAUGGCACCAACUUCUGCACCUCUGCCAGGAAUGCCUUCUUUCUGCUUAUGAGAAACAUCAUCAGAGUGGCUGUCCUGGACAAAGUCACCGACUUCCUUUUCCUGUUAGGAAAACUUCUGAUCGUGGGUAGUGUGGGCAUCUUAGCCUUCUUCUUCUUCACUCAUCGGAUCAGAAUUGUGCAAGACACAGCCCCGCCUCUCAACUAUUACUGGGUCCCCAUAUUGACGGUGAUUGUGGGCUCCUAUCUGAUUGCACAUGGCUUCUUCAGCGUCUAUGGCAUGUGUGUGGACACCCUGUUCCUCUGUUUCUGUGAGGACCUUGAGAGGAAUGACGGCUCUCAGGAGCGACCCUACUUCAUGUCGCCUGAGCUGAGAGACAUCCUAUUGAAGGGGAGUGCUGAGGAGGGCAAGCGGGAGGAAGCCCAGGAGGAGGAGGAGGAGUAGAGAGUGAGGGAGACUGGCAAGCAAGCCAGGGCCUCUGCAGAUCUGUGGAGGAUCUGGAGAGAAACGACGGCUCAGCUGAGAGGCCUUACUUCAUGUCUUCCACACUCAAGAAACUCUUGAAUAAAACCAACAAGAAAAUAGCCGAAUCCUAAAGGCAGCGAUGGCCUUCCCGGCCUCUCAUGAGGAUGCUGACCCAGUAUAGCUGGGUCAAGACCCCCAGCUCAUUGGACUUGCCAGAACGCACAUCACUGCCUCUCUGCCCACCCUCCCCAGGAUCCCACGUCCAGGGACCUGGAGGAUUUGGGGCAUCUCCUUCAUAUGCCAAAUGACACUCGGAGAUUUUAGGACAGUCUCGGAA